UCAUCGUCAUUCACAAUUGUACGCGAGUAUAAAAUGAUGAGAAUUUCCACGUUAAACCCACCAAAAUGUCUACCAAAACCAAACCAGAUGGUAGUUCCAGUUUAGUCUUCAAAUCAUCUAUUGUCUUCUUCCUGUUUGGCAGCGUUGUAGCGGGAUGUCUCUUUACAGUAUUGUCGAGAUUUAUGAUUAUUUUAGAGGGGAGUUCUCGUCAAGUUGGGACCUUUUCAACAUCACCGGUUUCCAAGUCGUCGUCUUUGACGGUAACCAAAGCGCUCGGGAUGGAGGGGUGGCCUGGCAUGGAUUAUCACGGCAUGAGGGAGUGGCCAAUUACGGUCAGGGAUAAACCUGUUAUCAGACCAGAUAUUAAAGGUGAGGUUUUAGCAGCUCUCCAUCAAGCCAUCAUCUUCAAAGUCAACGGCAAGAAUGAAAAAGCACACAAGUUAUUCCAGCACGCCCUCGCUCUAGAUCCGAACCACUCCGACGCCCUCAACGAAUAUGGAGAAUUCAUAGAGGAAAAAGAUAUCCUCCAAGCGGAUUAUUUAUACACAUGCGCGUUACUGAAUAACGCAUCUCACAGCAAAGCACUGAUCAAUCUAAAAAGAACGGCCGAAAUCGUUGAAGAAAUCGAUCAGAGAAUAUUGAGUCAGAUUGACUUGAAACGAGACCAGUUUCUCGAAGUUCCAUCUCAUAGUCGAGCGUUACAUCGCGCACAGCAAGAGAUGUUCUACCAGCAUAUCUACCACACCACAGCGAUCGAAGGGAAUACGUUAUCUCUGGAACAGAUGCGGAGCGUUAUGGAGACUGGGAUGGCUGUACAAGGAAAAAGCGUCUUAGAACACAAUGAAAUAAUCGGAAUGAGUUCCGCCUUGCAGUUUAUCAACAAUACCCUCAUGAAUAAAUUUGGUGACAUCACAGUGCAUGACAUACUUGAGAUCCAUCGGCGUGUCCUCGGACACGUUGAUCCAAUUGAAGCUGGGAAUAUCAGAACGACACAAGUAUUUGUCGGAUCACACAUCCCCCCUGCUCCAACAGAGGUCGAAGAACUCCUACAAGAAUUUAUUGAGUGGUUAACAUCAGAGAAAACAAAUGAAAUGCACCCAGUGGAGUUUGCAGCUCUUGCACAUUACAAAUUUGUUUAUAUUCACCCAUUUCUAGAUGGAAACGGAAGAACUUCACGGUUAUUGAUGAAUUUGAUUCUAAUGCGUGCCGGGUAUCCCCCAAUAAUAAUCAAAGUAACGCAGAGACACGAGUAUUAUGAGACUAUUAAGCAAGCUAAUGCAGGUGAUGUCAGGCCGUUUAUACGCUUUAUUGCUCGGUGUACAGAAAGCAUGCUGGAUGUUUUAUUAUGGUUGACAAGUGAAUCCCAUGGACUUACAGAAAUAGAAAGUAGAGAAAGAUACAGGACAGUUGAAAAUAUUCCCGUGUACUAAAUACUACCUCAUGCAUUUGAAUUCAAAAUACUUCCUGCAUGUUGUAAGGCCACUGCUCCUUGUUCAAGCUUGAUCAAUUUUUGUGGCUGCCUUAUGAUGGCUCAUAAUUAUUGUAUUUAAACCCUUUAGUUUAAUUUUUACUUUAACAGGCUGUUUUACUUUAACAGGCUGAGUAGAAACAACCAUGAUUAAGAACGGCCAGCCCUUUCACACUGACUUGCAAUGUACGUACAUGCACGUGUAUAACCAGUGAUCUGUCCUGGCAGUGUUGUACAUGUACAUUCAGGGCUGUAUGCUUCGUUUUUGAAAGGGCAAGGGCACCAAGGCAUUUUCUCUUUUG